GCCUCCGCUCGCGCAGGUUGCGGCCUCUGCGGAGCCCGGCCUGCGCUCGCUUCCUCGGCCCCAGCCUCCGGCCCGGCGAAGCGCUCUCCCCGGCCGCCCCAUGUCGGCCGCCCCCGCCUACGGCGAGGACAAGGGCGGCUCCGCCGGCCCCGGGGAGCCCGAGUACGGCCACGACCCGGCGAGCGGCGGCAUCUUCUCCUCCGACUACAAGCGGCAUGACGACCUGAAGGAGAUGCUAGACACCAACAAAGAUUCCCUCAAGCUGGAGGCCAUGAAGAGGAUUGUGGCGAUGAUCGCCCGGGGAAAGAAUGCCUCAGACCUGUUUCCUGCUGUGGUGAAGAACGUGGCCUGCAAGAACAUAGAGGUGAAGAAGCUUGUCUACGUGUACCUGGUGCGCUACGCCGAAGAGCAACAGGACCUGGCCCUGCUGUCCAUCUCCACCUUCCAACGAGGCCUCAAGGACCCCAACCAGCUGAUUCGUGCCAGUGCCCUGCGCGUCCUCUCUAGCAUCCGGGUGCCCAUCAUCGUUCCCAUCAUGAUGCUGGCCAUCAAGGAAGCUGCCUCGGACAUGUCACCCUACGUACGGAAAACAGCUGCUCAUGCCAUCCCUAAACUCUACAGUUUGGAUUCUGACCAGAAGGACCAGCUGAUCGAGGUCAUUGAGAAGCUUCUGGCCGACAAGACCACGCUGGUGGCGGGCAGCGUGGUGAUGGCCUUCGAGGAGGUCUGCCCUGAGCGCAUCGACCUGAUUCACAAGAACUACCGGAAACUCUGCAACCUGCUCAUCGACGUGGAGGAGUGGGGCCAGGUGGUCAUCAUCAGCAUGCUCACCCGCUACGCGCGCACGCAGUUCCUGAGCCCCACCCAGAACGAAUCUCUGCUGGAGGAGAACCCGGAGAAAGCCUUCUACGGCUCGGAAGAGGAUGAGGCCAAGGGCCCGGGCUCGGAGGAGGCGGCCACCACAGCGCUGCCCGCCCGCAAGCCCUACGUCAUGGACCCCGACCACCGGCUGCUGCUGCGCAACACGAAGCCGCUGCUGCAGAGCCGCAGCGCCGCCGUGGUCAUGGCGGUGGCACAGCUCUACUUCCACCUGGCGCCCAAGGCGGAAGUGGGUGUCAUCGCCAAGGCGCUCGUGCGCCUGCUGCGCAGCCACAGUGAGGUGCAGUACGUGGUGCUCCAGAACGUGGCCACCAUGUCCAUCAAGCGCCGGGGUAUGUUCGAGCCCUACCUGAAGAGCUUCUACAUCAGAUCAACCGACCCGACCCAGAUCAAGAUCCUGAAGCUGGAAGUGUUGACCAACCUGGCCAAUGAGACCAACAUCCCUACUGUCCUACGGGAAUUCCAGACCUACAUCCGCAGCAUGGACAAGGACUUUGUAGCAGCCACGAUCCAGGCCAUCGGACGCUGUGCAACUAACAUAGGCCGAGUCCGUGACACCUGCCUCAACGGCCUGGUGCAGCUGCUGUCCAACCGUGACGAGCUUGUGGUGGCAGAGUCCGUGGUUGUCAUCAAGAAGCUGCUGCAGAUGCAGCCCGCCCAGCACGGAGAGAUCAUCAAACACCUGGCGAAGCUCACAGACAACAUCCAGGUGCCCAUGGCCCGAGCCAGCAUCCUGUGGCUCAUCGGCGAGUACUGUGAGCAUGUCCCCAAGAUUGCCCCUGACGUCCUGAGGAAAAUGGCCAAGUCUUUCACAGCAGAGGAGGACAUUGUCAAGCUGCAGGUCAUCAAUCUGGCAGCCAAGCUCUACCUGACCAACUCUAAGCAGACCAAGCUGCUGACCCAGUACGUGCUGAGUCUGGCCAAGUACGACCAGAACUAUGACAUCCGUGACCGAGCACGCUUCACCCGGCAGCUGAUCGUCCCGUCAGAGCAGGGGGGUGCCCUCAGCCGCCAUGCCAAGAAGCUCUUCCUGGCACCCAAACCAGCCCCCGUCUUGGAGUCAUCCUUCAAAGACCGGGACCACUUCCAGCUGGGCUCACUGUCCCACCUGCUCAAUGCCAAGGCCACAGGCUACCAGGAGCUCCCAGACUGGCCAGAGGAAGCUCCAGACCCAUCUGUGCGAAACGUGGAGGAAGAAGAUCUCUCCCUUAUCGAGACCCACGUGGGCCUGCUGGGCGAAUACGCGGAGGUACCUGAAUGGACCAAGUGCUCGAAUCGAGAGAAAAGGAAGGAGAAGGAGAAACCCUUCUACUCGGACUCUGAGGGGGAGUCAGGCCCCACAGAGUCUGCAGACAGCGACCCCGGGUCUGAGAGCGCCUCGGACAGUAAGAGCAGCGACCAGAGUGGCUCCGAGGAGUCCAGCAGUGAGUCUGAGAGUGAAGACCAGGAGGAGGAGAAAGGAGGGAGCAGUGAAAGUGAACAGAGUGAGGAGGAAGGUGGGAAGAGGAAGAUGAAGAAGAGGAAGAAGGUGGCCGAGGGACAAGGUUCAUCCUCAGAUGAGGGCAGUGGUUCCAGCAGUAGCUCAUCGGAGUCGGAGAGGACAUCAGAGACAGAGGGGGAGCAGAUGGAACCAGCUUCUUGGAGGAAAAAAACACCUCCCAGUGGCAAAAGUGCCCCGGUAGCCAAGGAGAUCUCCCUGCUUGACCUAGAGGACUUCACCCCGCCCAGUGUCCAGCCUGUGUCUCCCUCCACGAUUGUGUCCACCAGUCUGGCUACUGACCUGGAGGGCUUGACACUCACAGACUCCCCACUGGUGCCCUCGCUGCUGAGUCCAGUGUCAGGUGUUGGGAGGCAGGAACUGUUGCACCGUGUAGCUGGCGAGGGGCUGGCUGUGGACUACACCUUCAGCCGCCAGCCUUUCUCGGGGGACCCCCACAUGGUAUCUGUGCACAUCCACUUCUCCAACAGCUCUGAUACCCCCAUCAAGGGCCUGCACGUGGGCACCCCCAAACUGCCCGCCGGCAUCAGCAUCCAGGAAUUCCCUGAAAUCGAGUCGCUGGCACCUGGAGAAUCUGUCACUGCUGUAAUGGGCAUUAAUUUCUGUGACUCAACCCAGGCGGCCAACUUCCAGCUGUGUACCCAAACCCGGCAGUUCUAUGUCUCCAUUCAGCCACCCGUUGGGGAGCUGAUGGCUCCCGUGUUCAUGAGUGAGAAUGAGUUCAAGAAGGAACAGGGAAAGCUGACAGGCAUGAGCGAGGUCACAGAGAAGCUCACGCUGCCAGACACCUGUCGGAGUGACCACAUUGUGGUGCAGAAAGUGACUACCGUUGCCAACCUGGGUCGUGUCCCUUGUGGGGCAUCUGAUGAGUACAGAUUUGCGGGCAGGACGCUGACCAGCGGGAGCCUGGUCCUGCUGACUCUGGACGCCCGGCCCACGGGAGCUGCCCAGCUGACCAUCAACAGCGAGAAGAUGGUGAUCGGCACCAUGCUGGUGAAGGAUGUGGUGCAGGCUCUGACCCAGUGACCCCCCGGGGCUGUGACCUCUUUGACCCCCGCUUGUCUCUCCUUCCUGGCAUCUGGGCUGUUAGCCCGCCCCCGCCCCGCCCUUUUCUCUCUCUUUUCUCUUUCUCUCUCUCCUAGCGGAUUCCUCAUGCCAGAUAGCAUCCGGGGGCGGGGGGGCGGCCUGUUGCCCUCUGGUCAUUACCAGGCUCCCCCCACAACCCCCUCCCCAUGGGUUCCACAGUGACCGGUGCAGACGUUGCCGGCAGCUGUGCCCCUGUCUUCCCAGCCUUCUGCAGCUAUUUGUGUAGCAAAAUCCCAAUAAAAUGUCUUCUCCCUA